CUCGAGCACGGCGCCGAGGUGAACGCGAGAGAUGGGGCGAAGCAGUGUGCUAUCCACCGCGCAGCCUCAAACGGCAAGGAUGCCUUCGUCCGCAUGCUGUACAGCCCGCCAGCGCUCAAGGUCGAGGGCAAGCACGAGAAGACACGAGUCAACCCUGCAGAUCGGCUCGGCAACACGCCGUUGCAUCUGGCGCUCGACUCGGGACACGGCUCGACGGCUGUGCUGCUCAUCGACGAGUGCGGCGCGGACCGCGAGCGGCAGAACGUCGACGGCGUCGUGCCCGAGGAGCUGCCGGGCGUUGGUGGACAGGAGCAGCGCAAGCUGCUCGACUAUCUGCGCAGUGUCUGUGGGCCCCGCGAGGGCUAG